AAAAGGUCUAUGACCAUAACAACAGACCACAUUUUUCAACUGCUGCUGUCAGAUGAAGGAAAACAGAACGGUAAUGAAGACGUUAUUGGGGCUCUUUCUGCUGGGGGUUCAGGCCUUCGCCCCCGGGACCUCAUGUUCGCUCCCGAACUGCCCAAAUAAAACUCAGGCAUAUCUUACUGAGUUUGGCUACCUGAAUCCCGACAAGUCCUGCACCGAAGACGACCUGCGGGCCGCUCUGACGCAGUUCCAGUCCAUGAACAUCGGCUUCAACAAUCUCACGGUGACGGGCGAGUGCGACACCAUAACAGUGGCGGUGAUGGGUAUGCCGCGCUGUGGCUGCGAGGACAUCGUCAAGGGGAACAAGCCCAAGGUAAUGCAGCCCCCGGCAAACCUUAUCGGACCACAGCCGUACACGCUUGGGAUGACGAAGUGGGGCAAAAGGACACUGACUUGGCUCGUAGAGAAAUAUCCAGUGAGGAAUCGUCACUUAACUAAUGCUCAGAUUGAUGACGCUAUGAAACGGGGGCUGGACAUCUGGGCACAGAAGACACAGCUUACGUUCCAAAGGGUCACCACGAAACCAGCUGAUAUUGUCAUUAGUUUUGAGACGCGUCGUCAUGAACCCAUUCCGCCAUACUACGAUUUUGACGGCCCAGGUAAUGUCCUUGCCCACGCGUUCUUCCCCGAAUCCGGGGUCGUACAUUUCGACGACGACGAAUCGUAUGUGCUCGGAAAUGACGGGGGAACAGAACUGUACAUAGUCGCCGCCCACGAGUUCGGCCACACACUCGGUAUUUCCCACUCCAAUGUACACGAAGCGCUUAUGGCACCCUAUUACCGCUAUAGCACUAAACUGGAGCUCCACCAUGAUGAUGUCUCUGCAAUCCAGUCCCUAUACGGGUAUCAACAGAAUACACCAGCACCGAUAACCAACGCCCCUACUCGACCCCCACCGCCAACACAAGCUCCUGUCUACCCGCCAUACUGCGAUAUCUCGGUGGAUGGCGCUUUCCAGAUCGACGGCGUCACGUACAUGUUCACGCAGGUGCUUGACAACGGACUCUUAAAAACGUUUGUAUACACGGUUACAGCGCAGGGAAUCAACGAACAGAAAACGGCAAUAUCGGAAAUGUUCACCAAGAACAGCAACAGUAGAUACCGCGGUCGAGCCUACCCGUACCGCAUUGACGCAGCCGCCUACAUACCAGACCGGAGGUACGCAUUCCUGUUCGUAGGCACGCGCACCUACCGAUAUACGAAGGGUCAAGACGGUCGCUUCUAUCUAGAUGAGGGUUAUCCGAAAUGGAUGGACGUGUCGGAGUUUCCGGAGCGCCCACGAGCCGCCGUCGCUAUGCCGUACACGCGCUCCAAAGCCCACUACAUGCUCAUAUUCGGAAGCACCAUGGUCUGGGAUUGGAACUUCGGUAGCGAUCGGGUCGGAGCCUGGGCCUAUCCCAUCGACGUGUUCGGCCGUAACAUGCCCCAGCAAGUGGACGCGGCGUACCUUGAUACAACAAUCAGCAGCAGCAACCCAUCGGUAAUCUUCAUCAAGGGAAAAGAGUACUUCAAGUUCUCCGUCGCUUACCGCCGAGUCAUGGCGGGCGAUGAAAACCGCUCGCUGAAGAAGGACAUUUUCAAGAGAGGAUGCAUGUGAUUUUCUUGACUCCAGUGGUUAUGAAUACUAAACUUUACAUUAAAAUAGUAAUGAACUUUCGUUUGAACACAUGCAUGCUUGACUAUCGAUAACGUACGCAUUAAUUGUUUUUCAAUGAAACUGUUAUAGUUAGCAUUUUGAAGCAUACGCUAUAUGAAACAUUAAUUGAAAAUACAAGCCAUUGUUAUAUUAUAUAUAUAUCGAAAACAUGCGUUUGUCAAAAAGUCGAUUUAUAUAUUAAUUAUAAUGAGCAAUGAG